AUGAAAUGGGGUAAUUCAUCUAAUCUACCGAUGAAUUUGAGAAAGAUCGAGGAUGUAGACAUUGCAAAAUACAUCAAAGAUAAUUGGGAAUCUUUAAGACACGAAUGGGAACCUUACGAUAAAAGAGAUACGUUAUGUCUCGGAACUUGUUUGAUAAAAUACAAUCAAGCAAUGAAAGAAGUUGUAUUAAAGAAUAUUUCCAAUAAUCCAACGGCUCCUUCGUUAUCUUUAAAGGGUUGGUAUUAUUUAUAUCAUUACGAUAAAGAAAUGAUUGAAGAAGAAUGGUAUGAAAGUACUAUAAUGGUUCCGAAACACACCGAAAAAGAAAAUGUAGAAAAAGUUUACUCACAUACUCACCCUUUUAUAAGAUAUUUUAUCAGACAAAGUAUUAAAGGAGGAAGAGUUUCGGCAAAUCGAAAAUCAUUUGAAACGAAUAAAAUGGAUGAAAUUUGUAAUAUAUUAAAGGAAUACACAGAAACAGCAAGUGAUAAUAUAAUUGAUUUAUUCAAAGAAUAUAGCGCUAGCACGAAAGAUAAAGCGGAGGUUCAUUCGAGACUUAAAAAAAUAAAAUGUACUAAACUAAUGGCCUUUGAUGCUAACGAUUUGUACGCUUCAGCCAUGUUGGAUUUAGAUAGCGAAUAUCUGAGAGCAGAAAGUGGUAGACCAUUUCGACAAGAAGAAAAUAAAGAAUUUGUUAAGCUCUUUAAUGAACAGAAAUUCAGACCUAGAACUGCUAUUUUAAAAGUCAUGUUCUUCCAACCCAUACCAGCUAAAGAUAAAAUCAGUUUUACGAGUAGAAUAGGUAAAAAGGAAAUUGGCACUAAAAUCAGGUUCAAAAAUGGUUUCUGUCACGACGUUUUAACAUCGGUCGAUAUUCAAGAAAUAGUGAAAGCCGGUGGACGAAUUAUUAAAAUAUUAGAUGGUAUAGUUUACGAAGAAAAUUUUAAAACUCCACCCUAUAGAGAUUAUAUUUUAAUUUUAAGAGAUCUAAGAAAUAAAUAUAAACGAGAAGGUAAUAUCGUAGGUAGUAAUUGCAUGAAAUUAUUAGGCAAUUUGUUGUAUGGUAAGUCUAUUCAGAAGGAUAUAACUACAUCGAGACAACUAUGGAGUGAAGUGACUUUAAAAGCCAACUUCGAUUCUCACGUUAUAAACUAUGAAAAAGUAAAUGAUAGUCUAUAUAUAGUUGAGAUAAAUAAAGAAGAAAAAGAAUUUGACUGUACACUUCCUUAA